UUUUGAACGAGACCAGAAAAGCAAACCUAGCAACCAAAAAUAAUUUGAGGAUAAAAUACAAAAUAUUAGAAGAAUUAGAAAAGAAAUCUGACUGGAGUUGCAUUGGAAGUGUCCAUGAUACACCAUGGACCAAAUUGGGACUCUGGAAAUUUCAUGGGCCCAAGGUUACAAUGGCUCUAAUACGCAAUACAUCAGUAGAGACACAGUGUGCUUUGCAUGUGGAAACAAUGUCAAGUUUGUCAGUGAAGAAGGGCAAGAGAGUUUCUUCCCUAGCCCUGGAGAGGGCGUUGGGCCCCUUGCUGUACAUGCCAUCAACAAAGUGUUUGCCUUCAGUGAACUCUGUCUUAACCCCAGAAUAUUUGUGGUAGAUUUCCCAAGCUUCAAAGUGCAUUGUGAAUUAAAAGAUGGAGCACAGUUGGAGUUUUCCCACUUGGCAUUUUCGUCCAGCAACUACCUUGUGUCAGUGUCAGGAGUGCCACAGUUUGAACUAACUCUGUGGAAUUACCUAGACAAUACCAGGCUGUGUACCACCAGUCUGGCACAUACCACCCCCACCAGUGUUUCAGUGAACCCUGCAGACUGGAGGAAGAUUUGUGUAUCAACCAACAAUAAACUCACUGUUUGGAAUGUUGAUCAGAGUAACACUGAAUAUAAAAUUACUCCUACCAAUGUGAAGCUUCCUUCUGAGUACCAGACCAUACAACCAGAGGAGAAAGAGCGUGAUGUCAUGACCCGAGCCUCCACUCGCAUGUCCAGGGCUGCUGCGUUAGACUUACCAAAGGCAGCCAUUGCUGGUUUAGUGGGAGAACUGGCAGAGGAUUUUGAAGGAUUUGACAAUGCAGCUAAGGUUGUACCAACUAGUCAUGUGUGGUCUCCUAAUGGGGAUGUCAUCAUUGGUUGUAAAGGAGGACAGUUAUUAAAGCUUGAUGGAGAGUUAUAUAAGAUCAGAGUCCUGUAUAAUCCAAAUGCUGGUAAAACUCAGAAUGUUGUCUCUGAUAACGCUAUCAAUGAACUAGAGGAGGACUUCAAUAACAUAAUAGGUGAUGGCUCAAUGGACUGCAUGGCUUUACACAAAGAUGGACUUUACAUUGGAGGAACAGAUGGUACUCUCCGGUUUGUUGACAUCAGUGGUGAUGAAAUGAGGUUCAUAGAGAGCUAUCCCUUGGGUGUGGCCAUAUCUACCCUUGGCUUCAAUACCCUCUACAACAAACUGGCAAUAGGAUCUCCUAGGGGAACCUUGCAUCUCUAUGACCCAUCAGACCCUGGGAAUAUGAAAGAGUGUUUUGAUAAUCACUAUGGUAACUUUGUGGCUAUAAGCUGCCUGACUCCAGGAACAGAGCAGUGUGUGACGUGCCGAGAGGACGGGGAAGUACAGGUCUGGGAUGUAGCUACAGCUAAACUACUCUCUACAAUGCCCAUAGGGGUCGCAGCAACCUGUUUAGCCAGCAGUCCAUUGUGCCACAUAGUGUGUAUAGGAACAUCUAGUGGAUUCUUGUACGUGUGUGACUUCAACAAGUUAGACAGCCCACGAAUCAUACACAGAGUUAGGCUGCAUAAUGGACCCCUUAAACACAUUGUGUUUGAUGAUGAUGGCAAGUACAUGUUUACAGCUGGAGAUGAUGGACAUGUCAUCCUACUCCAUGCUAAGCCAUCCAAGGAAUUCCAAGCUAUUGGUCAUACAGGUAUCGAGGGAGAUGUGAAUGCUAUCAGUGUACACAAGGUUGAGGCAGGAUGUAUUAAGGUUAUUGUCACAUCUAACACGACUGAAAAUAAGCGUUCAGGAGCCAAUAAACUGAUUCAGUUUGACAUCAAGGAUGAGAUGGUGAAUGAAAUAAGUGGACAUAGAAAUCUUAAGUGUUUACUUCGGGAAGAGUCAAUCAAGAAAAUCUCAUCAAACUUCACUGUUCCUUGUCAUGGAGCUGCAUUGACUGAGGGAGGAAUAUUCUAUACACUGGAGCAAAACACCAAGAAUAUUCUCAAGAUCAAACUACCCACUGAACCACCCAAAAAGGCAAUGAGUAAGGACUCAUUCUUGGUGCCAAUUAGUGAGACCCCAGGCCAUCAGUUGCCUGGGGGUAGAAUCACAAUGUCACCUCAUAAGAAGUGGAUAUCCUCUGUUGGAACUGAUGGAAUGUUGAAUGUCAGAGCAGUAGGAAAUAUGGACAGUCCCUUGACAGUUCAUGCUCAUGACUACCGCCAUGGUGGUGUCCAUUGUAGUGAGUUUAGCAGAGAUAUGCAGCACAACUUUACAGCUGGAUAUGAUGGUGUCCUAUCCUGCUACAAAUGGAAUCUUGCACCUUCUGGUAUCGCCAAGGCAAAGUCAGCUGUAGACGCUUCUAGGAAUCGUCAUAAGGCGAUGUUGGCAGAAGAGCAACGUGAAGAUGAAAUCAUUAUGAACUUACCUGAUUGGGCACCUGCUUCCGGGUCAUCACGACCUCAGACAGUCACAACUAAGGAAGAACGGGAGAAAAUUGAGAAGGAGAAUGCUAUAAUAAAUGACACAAUCUACACAACCCCUACACCAACCCCUGAGUCUGAUGCCACCUGGGUGGAGGUGAAGGAACUAGAGGCUAUUAAAGAGGAGGAUAAAGAAUAUGCAGAUGUUAAGAAACAGUUAAGAACUGAGAUCAGAGAUAUAAGGAGAACAAUCCAAGAUAUGAUGAAGUCUAAUGAGGUGGUAGCAGACAUCGAAAAACUGGGUCACCAUGAGUUUGACCUGGAUGUUCAAGAGCAGAAACGUAUGCAGGAAGAGGGGGAAGCACAGAUCAGACAGAUUGUUGAGGAGAUUGAAUUGGAGAAUUUAGGGAUGAUGUACUUGAAAGAUGUCAUCAAGAAGGAAUGCUGGGAUGAUAUGGUUGUCAAAGGCAGAGCACUGGAGAGUUUUAAUGGGAUCCUGGAAGUGGCAAACUACCCAAUGAGAGAGAGAGAUCCUGCUGUAUUAGCUGAACUAGAGAGAGUCACAAAUGCCAGAAGGAUAGAAUUCGAGGAACAAAAUACCAGAAGAGAACUUGUGGACAAUCUACAGAAACCAACUACCAACACUGGGCCUGCAGAUGAUGAUUUAGCAGAUGGGGAUGAAACAGAGGAGGACACUGGGGAGAAGCCAUCAACGAGUGGAAGCUUUGCUGAGCAAUUUGGAGGUGGCAAUGAGUUGUUCUAUAGCCAGUUUGAACUUCAUUUAAGACACCAAAAAGUCAACCAAAUUGUACUUUUGGAGGAUGCCAUUCAUAGAAUCAAGGAAGCGUAUAACAAGGAAUUCUCCGGGGUCUUCGAUAAAAAGUUAAAUGAAAUUGCCAAAAUUAAAGAGAAAAAUAAGAGAAUCCGUAAGAUCCUCAACGACCUGAAUCUGCUAGAUCAGCUGAACGACUUCAAUGAUCCUGAGGUUGGAAUGCUGGAGAGACCAGAGCAGCUUCUUAUUGUCAAUGACGAGGAGGUUAAAAUGGAAAAACAUUUGACUGCUGAGGAGAGAAAGAAGGUUGAGGAAUAUCAGCGUGCUGAGGCUGAACGUAUAGCUAAAGAAAAGGGAGAUAAUGCCAGGGAGAGAGCUCUGGACAUGAUGAUGGGCGGAGUUUUAGAAAUAAAAAUGGAAGAUGAGUUGAAAAAGGAUGUCCCAAAGCCUGCCUUCAUGUCACAGAAGCCUGAGGAGGAAUGGUCGGAAGAUGAUCUCAAGAUGGUGGCGGAGUAUGAGAAAAAAGUACAAACCCUCAAUGAAGAAAGAGAGAAAUAUAAAAAGCAACUGGAGUCUGAGUUGAAGAAGUUACAACUGCAGAUCACAGAGACCAUGGAGACUUUUGACCAGUGGCUCAACAACUUGUUCACACGCAAGAUCAAAACUGAGAUGUGUGUUUACCAGGAGGAGCUCAAAAUAGUCAGAUUGAGGUACAGUUUAAUGGUGGAGGAUGAGUUGAACUCACGAGAGGCAGAACUAAUGAGGCUGCUCCAUCAUAAGGCUGAAUGCAAGGAACUUGCUGCUGAGGCGUGCAACAUCUCUAAGAAAAAUUAUGAUGAGUUCCAUGAACAGUAUGACAUCCUCACUGCUGAGGAUAAGGUCAUGGACAAAGCAUUCAAGAGGGAAUUCAAUGAUGUCACAGCAUUACAGGUUGACCAGCUAUACAAGCUCUUCAGACGCAGGCCAAGGGGCAAGGGUGGCAUAAAAGGACAUGAAACACCUAUAUACGAGGCUGUUGGAAACCCUUUUGCUGACCGCCCCUCGACAGCACGUAAAAAUAAGGAAGCUGCAGAUGCUCUGGAGAGUGCUAUGGCUGAACUAGACAAGGAAACUAAUGCUCCUGACGGUGUGGAGAUGUUCAUAUGGGAGCGAAUGUGUAAAUACAGGAGACAGAAAAUGCACAGUGAACAAAUGGUUAAACAGAAAGCUCUUGUGAUGGCUGAGAUGAAUGCCUUCCUGCAGAGGUGUCAGGCAGAGGAUGAUCACUUGAAGGAUGAAAUAGAAGGACUUAAAGCUUCAUACAAUAGACUGAAAGAAGAAAAGGAGAAGUUUAUGAUGAACCUAGAUGUCCAGCUGGUGGUGAAACAAGGACAGGUGGAGGUUGACCCCCAGUCCUGGAUACAUAACUUUUCACAGAGCCUGCUCAUCCACAGAUCUGUCAUAGAAGACCUUAAUGGAAGAAUAAAGCAUCUUGGAGAUGGUAAGAUCUUGAGUAUGAAGGAGAGCAAGGACUUCAAGAAGGGGAUCAUCCAACUAGAAUGGGAACACAAGAAGAUGAUAAUGGAAAUGGAGGACCUGAAGGAGAAGAUGAGAGAUGUGACAACAUUGAAAGUCACCAGAGAGAUUCAGAGUUUCCUGAAUGAAGAGGACCAUGAAGCCAAAAAGUCACAAGAAGCUAGUGUAUUAGAACAAACUCUUGUCAUGCAGAAAAAACACCAUGAAAAGACUGUUGCUGAGAAGAAGACAAUAUUAAAAGAUCUGAAUAGAACUGCCAAAGAGAAGGAAGACCAAAAUAAUGAGAUGGACAUUCAACUUGCAGAACUCAAUGUAUCUGUCAAUGAAAGGGGACAUAUCAAUGAAGUUAAUGCUGACAAGCGCAGCGACUCUGGGGCUGAGAAGAGGUAUGCUGACAUUGUACAGAGACGUAAGCUUGUAGACCUGGCCAAAGCACAAGCACAGGAGGUGGCUGUACUAAGAGCUGAGGUGGAGAGACUUAGAAUGAGAACAUUCCCUGCUCUAGUCCAAGUUGAACAUUAGUAAUAAAGACCUCUGUGUCAUCAAUAGGAUUGCAUUAUACAUAGAUCGAAUGGAACAUCAUUUCUGAGAUUCAUGGAUUUUCUUUUUAUUCAUUGGAAAAUUAACUUGUUUUUCAGAUCCUAACUGCAAUUUAACUUGAUAAUUUCUUCAAUUAAAAAACAAGAAAAACCAUGCUCACUGGAAUGUAUAUAAGAACUCAAUGUAUAUGGACUGUACUGUUUCUGGAAAGAUGUCGCAUUUUCUUGACACAAUAUUCACUUUAUUCUUUGACAUCUGUGUGAAGUGAUGAUGUGCGAUUCCAUCAAAACCUUCCUUCUCAAUAUAAUGACCAGUAUUCAUGUUCAAUUUGAUUCGUCCGUCCAAAUUCUUUGCUCAGAAAACAUGAAUGUCAAAUUGUUGAAUUAUGUGAUAACAAAUAAGUUUUUUAUUUGUCUCAAACUGAUAUGAAAAAGCAGUGUACACAAAUCCGUCCAGCAAACUUAUGAUCUGUGCAAAUAAUAUAUAACAAAACAUUUUGAUUUAAUAAAAUGUACACAUAAUUAUAUUUUAUUUAAUGUGAUAUUCAAUUCUACUUUUAAUAACAUACAUAUAAUGUAAAUAUUGUACAUAAAAGUACCAGUUUUACUGAAUCCAUCCAUUUAAUUUUAUUACAUGUACUUGUAUAUUUGUUAAAGUUAUAAAUUGUAUAUAAAAAUAUAUAAAGAAUAAAAACUUAAAUACAUGAGUUCUCUUCUCUUCAGAAUUCAACAUAUGGUAUACUGAUACAGUUUGGUUAAAGUGGUGCUAUAUUUUCCAUAUGGUACUUUUAUUUGAAACAAUUUUAAAAUGCAUGCUGUACUAGUGGUGCAGUAAACGGUUGUCGAGUCAUGUUCUUGCAGUGAGGGCCUCGAAUAACAAUUUUGUUGAUAGAGCAUUCAUAAACAGUUUUGGAAGUUCUUCAUCAUUUUAAAAGAUAUAAAGACCUCAAAAGGCACAAUUCUUGGCUUAAUUGUUUAUAAAGGUGUCAUAUUUCUAGUUUUCUCCAUGACAUGUACAUAUCGUGUUAUGUAACACUAACUUAUAGUACAGCACAUCAUGCUGUAUUGUAUUUGAUGAAAUCAAUCUGUUGUCCUGUAUUAUAUUACCACUUUAACAUGGUACAAUAGACAUCUGAAAGUCUUGAAAAAUGAGUUAAAAUUAUAACAAAUAUCAUGAGUUAGUAGGUGUAGCCUUGAGGCAUGAGGCAGACGAGGCAACUGCCUCACCAACAUUUUAGAAGAACAUACUUUCAGACAUAUUCCUGAUUUUGAAUUGUUCUGGUCUAAAAUUACAUUCUAUUUAGACUAUAUUUUUUUUAUUGACAUAGUUGAUCAGUAUAAAAUUUACUAAAUUCAACAGAGACUGGCAAAUAAUACACAAAAUAUAUUUGGUAUAUACCUCGUAUAAAAUUACUGAUACCUUGUGCAAGAUGGAUAUCCAGAGUAAGCUAUGAGACUGCAUUGAAUGAGGUUGGGGUUGAUCUAGAGAAGGAAAAAUGUAUUUAACAACAAACUCAUAGAUCUCUGAUCGACCCUCCCCCUGAAAGACUGAGUAAAAAU